UCUCCUUAUUGUUGGCUGGUUUUUUGACGGGCUGCUCUGUGAUUGGCUGGCUGUUUUAGCAGGGUUCACGAGGAAACAUGGCGAAUUUGAGAAGCCUGAAGGGCCUGGUUGGCAUUGUUACCGGAGGGUCUUCAGGUCUUGGCCGGGCCACAGUUGAGCGUCUGGUUAGUCAGGGAGCCAGCGCCGUCAUCCUAGAUUUGCCGAAGUCCGACGGUAGCAGCGUGGCACAGUCGCUCGGAGACAAAUGUGCGUUUGCUCCGGCUGAUGUGACCUCUGAGUCGGAUGUAAAGAAUGCACUGGAGUUGGCUCAGUCCAAGUUCGGCCGCGUCGACAUCCUGGUGAAUUGUGCGGGGAUUGCCGUUGCCUUUAAAACCUACAACGCGAACAAACAGCUGCCCCACAGUUUGGAGGAUUUCCACAGAGUCGUAAAUGUGAACAUCUGCGGGACCUUUAAUGCAAUCCGCUUGGCUGCCGGUGAGAUGGCGAAGAAUGAGCCCAAUCCGGACGGACACCGAGGGGUUAUAAUAAAUACCGCCAGCGUCGCUGCCUUUGAUGGACAGGUGGGACAAGCAGCCUAUUCAGCUUCUAAAGGAGGAAUUGUAGGGAUGACCCUCCCUAUUGCUCGUGAUCUGGCCCCCAUCGGAAUCAGAGUAAUGACCAUUGCUCCAGGAUUAUUUGCAACUCCUCUUCUUGCCGGGCUUCCUGAGAAGGUCAGAUCCUUCCUGGCGAAGCAAGUUCCCUUCCCUAGCAGACUGGGUGACCCUGCGGAGUACGCUCACCUCGUACAGAGCAUUGUGGAGAACCCUCUACUCAAUGGAGAGGUCAUUCGCCUUGAUGGUGCCCUCCGUAUGAUGCCAUAACGGGAAGAAAAAAAAUGGAUUUCCUCAUUAGGACCAGCCAGGCCUUCCGUCCACACCUGCAGACAUUGCUCCUAGGGGGAUGUUAAAGUGCGUUAUGAUGUCAUACUUUUGUCUGGGAAAUUAUUGAAGAAACAGCACUAGAAUGUCAUUUGAAAAGCUACCACGUACCCUGUGUCUGUAAGAAUAUUUCUACUAGUUGAAGUGAGAGAUUGGUCAUUUUAAGAUCAGUAUUUUUUUUUCUGAAGAAGAAAUAUCACGUUCUGCAUCAACAAACGACAACUGGACCUGCAAGUUCUCGUUAACUUCAAAGAGAAGCAGUCAUUGAGGGUGGAGCGUAACCUUAGAAAAUGUUUAAUGAACGGCAAAUAAAAAUUAAAAAAAACAUCUGUCUGAUGUUGGCUUUAAA